CGCGUCCCUCGCAUCCGGUUGGCCGGGCGCCGGAAGUAAACAUCAUGUGACCUCGCGGAUCAGCUGACCCGCCGUCGACAUCUUUACGAGUCACGACUGCGCCGAUUAAUUCAAACCUCCUCCUCCGUGAUUCUCCGGCCCGGGCGGAUCUCUGACAACCGCAGCCAUGGCGCUCAGCGAUGCCGACGUUCAGAAGCAGAUCAAGCACAUGAUGGCCUUCAUUGAGCAGGAGGCCAACGAGAAGGCAGAGGAAAUCGAUGCAAAGGCAGAAGAAGAGUUCAACAUCGAGAAGGGCCGUCUGGUGCAGACUCAGAGGCUGAAGAUCAUGGAGUACUACGAGAAGAAGGAGAAGCAGAUCGAGCAGCAGAAGAAAAUUCAAAUGUCCAACCUGAUGAACCAGGCUCGACUGAAGGUCCUGAAGGCCCGCGACGAUAUGAUCUCUGAAAUGCUGAAUGAGGCUCGCCAGCGGCUCGGUAAUGUCGCAAAAGACCCAGCGAGGUAUCCGGCUCUCAUGGACGGACUCAUCUUACAGGGAUUCUAUCAGCUGCUGGAGCCCAAAGUGAGUAUUCGCUGCCGCAAACAGGACGUGCAGUUGUUACAGGCGUCCAUCCAGAGGAUUAUUCCCAUCUACAAAGCCGCCGUGAAGAACAACCUGGAGGUCCGCAUCGACCAGGACAACUUCCUCUCCCCCGACAUUUCUGGAGGGAUCGAGAUCUAUAAUGGCGACGGGAAGAUCAAGGUGGCCAACACCCUGGACAGCCGACUGGACCUCAUGGCUCAGCAGAUGAUGCCUGAAAUCCGAGUGGCUCUGUUUGGCGCCAACCCAAACCGCAAGUUUAUGGACUGAGUUGCUCAUCUGCUGUAUUAGAGAGCAGGAAAAGAAAUCCCCCUUUUUAUUUUUUAUGUUGUCAUAUGAAAGACGUCAUUCCUCUCGUUUUUCCGAUGCAAAAGAGACGCGUCGUCGUCGUCGUCGUUGUUGUUGUGUGAUGUAUCGCUGUGUUUUUCUGUGCAUUGAGGGACGCGAUGAGAUAAAGUUUACUCUGCUGCUUCCCCCUCCGAGGGUCUCCGUUCACACAGAUUAUUCGGGGGGGGGGUACGACGACGGGAUUGGCUGGGUCUGUUAACAGGUCGUCCACUAAUUGGAUCAGUCUUCGUGACUAACACACACACGGCAUCUGUGUCACUGUUUCAUUAACGGGUUGCACGGGGCAUUGUCUCGCUAAUGGCUGUCCGCUCCGACCAAUCACUGAGAGGAAAAAAGAAAGUAGCAUCCAGGACACCGAAGACCGCGCUCGUCGACCUUUACAGAGUUUAAUUUAUCGGCUGUGCCUUCGGUCAUGGGUUCGAGUGGGUGGCAUCAUUCCAGAGAGGACACUGUAUGUAAAUGAGGUUUCCAGAUUAAAUUAUAUGUAUGUGUGGUUGUUGUUGUUAUCUCUUUGUUUUUUGAUUGUGUCUCCAACUGAAAAUAAUGCUAUAUUGUGGAAAUGUAAAACAUAAAAAUAAAAUAUAAAUCAUUAGUA